AUGAGGCACUAUAUAGAAAUAGUUACUGUUUCGAUAAUUCUAGUUGCAGCAACUGCUUAUGCUGGUUAUGUGUUGUCAAAAGACAAAAGUGCAUCCAGUGACAUCACACAGCUUCAACUAAUACAAAGCAUUAAUCAAACUCAAUCACAAAUACAAAAUAAGCAUCAAAAUAUCUCAAACACAGCACAAAAUGAAAUAAUAAAGCAAAUUUAUGAAGUUAUUGAGCAUUUUAAAAAAGAAGAUCCUGUUGGACUUCCACUUCCGAUACCUGAUCCGAUGGAGAUUCCAGGAAUUACUCAACAAAAAUUAGGAUUAACAUUGAACUUAGGUCCAGUUUUUAUUCAUGAAACUUCAAAGUUUAGGAUUAUUGGAGCGACAAUUGAGCUUGAUAAGUUAAUGCAAGGAUCUUGUAAAUUGUCAUUUGAUCAGCUAAUACUGAGGGGGAACUACACGUUGAGGAACAUAUUUGGAACAAGUAAAGGUCCAUUUACCAUAAUUAUCAAGAACCUUAAUGUGGAUGGAUCAGCAACGUUGGGCGUUGAAAAGAAUGGGAAGCUAAGAGCUCUGGAAAUUGAGUCAGACAUGCAUGUUAAGACGAUGAGUGUGAAUUUUGAGAAUCUUGGAUAUCUGAAGGAACUUUUUGGUUCCUUUGUCAACUCUGGUGAUGAUAGUUUCUUCCGGAUGAUGAAGCCGUACAUUCUCAGAGACUCAAAAGAGAUGAUUAAAAAAGUAAUAAAUGAACAAAUUGACGAAAACUUGUCACAAUAUCAACUUAUGCCAAAUUCGAUUGGAGCGAUUGACUAUGCGAUAGCGGAAGCAAGGAAGUUUGUUAAGGCAAAGUUCGAUCCAUUCAAGAUGGACGAGAUCAGCAACUUAGGUGUCUUUGGCUAUCGAGUUUAUGACACAGAACUUUUUGGAGUCUCUUCAUUUUACAGAGUUGGUGAUUUGAAGACAGUCAUUGAAGAUCGGAUUGCGAAAAUGACUUUUGAGGUUGGAACUCAAGAAAUUCACGGAAAGACAACAUGGGAGGUUUCGAUAGCUAAAGGAAUGAUAAGUCGCGGGGGUCUGAUCCAAUUUUCGAUUCAAUAUAUAAAAUUGAAGGUCAAAAUAUCUCAACCGAUCGAUCUCAGCAAGAGGCUCAAAGUUGAAGACCUAAGGAUUGAUUUAGGAAAUAUUCAGAUCCUGAGCUCAGGAAUGGGAACACUUGACUAUGUUGCUGAAUUCUUGCUCAACAUAAUUCCUAACCUACUUCGUGAUCAAAUUAUGGAUGUAAUCAGGAAGCCAAUAAUUGAAAGAGUCCAACAAUAUGCAAAUCGUAUUGAUGCUGAAGCUUUGAUCAAGGAUAAGGUCAAUGAAUAUUUUACAGAAGGCACGGUUUCGUUCGAGUCUGAGUUAAAAAAUGAAUUUUAAAUAAAAUUGAGCUUUUAGUUGAGAUAAAUUGGGCAAUAACUUGACUUAAAUAAAGACUGACGAACAACUUGACUGAAAGCUGAACAAAAACUUGACUCAAAAAUGAGCAUUAACUUGACUGAAAAUUGAGCUACUUGACUGGAAACCUAGAAGCAACUUGACUGAAAACUGAGCUACUUAACUAGCAAUCUAGAAGCAACUUGACUGAAAACUGAGCAACAACUUGACUGAAACUUAAUGACUUGACCAAAAAUUAGCCACUUGUCUGAAAAUUUAGCAACAACUUGACUGAAAACUGAGAUACUUGACUGGGAACCUAGAAGCAACUUGACUGAAAACUGAGCAACUUGACUGGAAACUUAGAAGCAACUUGACUGAAAAUUGAGCCACAAUUUGACUUAAAGAUGAGCAUUAACUUGACUAAAAAUUAAGCUACUUCACUGGAAACGAAGAAGCAACUUGAC